GUAAUAUUCUACCAUUAGGACUCCAGGAGCGGACGGGUUGUCGUCAGUCAGGUCAGUUCAGUGAGACGGACACUUAAACGGAUCCACUUCCAUCCACUAGAACAUCUUCAAACUCGACUUUCAUCACUGCAAGUCUGCGAAAGAAGGCCGUCUGUUCCGAUGGCUUAUCUGUAAAUCACGAUACCAUACCUAACCAUUCCAUUCUAUUCUACUUCUGCAAUUGCCAUUAUUGAUUCAUUCACUAUCUUCUUCCUUCGCCUUCCCUUGUGUCUUUUUUCUUGAACCCUCCUCUUUGCUGUUGGCUCCUAUCUACUCGAACCACUCGGCUGCCUCAAUCCGGCGACUGUCUCACGAUUCUCAUUCGCCACCCCUCACCCUCAAACACCACCACCAAACGCUCCCAAGAAACAAGACACACACCAACCGAAAAAAUGGGCUACCUCCUCUACUCCAUAACCUUCGCCUCCCUCGUCGUCGGCACGAUCCUCUACCUAACGCGCAACUACUGGAUCCCCCUCUUCCGCAACCAGCGGUACCUGCGCGUGCCCGGCUCCUUCGCAGGCGACAUCGAAGCCGGCCUCUCGAGCAGCACCUUCGACCUCGGCGCCAACGUGAGCGGCGGCGACGGCCGCGCCGGUCUCGACGACGAAGCCAAAACCCAGAUCCUCGCCAUCAUGAAGAAGCGCCGUCUCCAGUUCGACGAAGCCCGCCGCGUCUACAUGGAGCAGCGCUUCAGCGCGAACGGCAUCGGCGCGGAUGGGCGCCCUAAGGAUCCUAAGUUCGUUAGCUUUUCGUGAGGUUUUGCGCGAAGAAUACGCAAAUUACAAACUCUAGACUCGGAUUAUAUGCGUGGGUCGUCGCGGGAGGUUGUGUGUAUACCUACGCAGAUGGGUAGUGUACAUGGGUGUAUUUGAUAGGGAAUGGAUCUCGGGCUGGCAGGUUGGUUGUCAGCGUGAAUAUGGAUAUGGAGGACGGGAGACGGUUAGGCGGAUGGGACUAGGCGUAAGCGACGGACCGACCAUAUUCUCCGCGACAAACAUUCGCAUUUUCCUUUAACAUCUCAGCGGCAUGGCGUUUACGGACACGGACUACUCGUUGGCAAGACUGGGUGGCUUUUUAUCGCCUUUGGGCACUCGGCAACUCGAACUGAAGCAGGUUAUCGACAUCGUACAAUCGGGCGUAAUGGGAAGGGAAUCGGGGCUUACAAUUGCAAUUGAAACCCUUGGGAGAUUAUAUACAUAGUAUAGUUGCGGAGAGCGGCUAUAGGAGGCGAGGACGAUAAUGGAUCGUUCAAAAUCUACCUACUACAUACAUACCCAUGACAGUUUUCUUAUCUGAAUUCAAUGAUAAAAUCUCCCAGCAA